CAAGGAAGGUGCCAUUUUCCAGCUAUAAUCACGCCCCUGGUCACGGUUAAGAAUGAGAGCUGUCAAACGAGUGGCUGUACAACGUGUUUAACCAGCGGGCUCCACUUCCCAGAAGGCUCUUGUCACACCAGUAGCUUCUUCUCCCGCAAAGCAAAGUGGGUGCAGCGUGAGAGAUUGCUGAGUAGAGGGGGGAGGCCCUGCACUGAAUCUCCUCUCACACGAGCUGUCAGUGCCAGAGACUGAUGCUGGAGGGAAGACGCAGAGACUUAUAUAGUGCCGGUCACAGUUGAGAGCAGCGCCCACUAACAGCGUGAGUGACACCUAAAUAAGCAGCGGUAGAAGCGCGAACGUCGUGUGAGGGAACAGGAAGUGCUGGGAAAGUAGUGCGAGGCUGGUUAGCGGCUCAGUGUCAUGGGCUAAAAAGGCUCUUCUACACUCCUGCUGUCCAGCACCGGGAUGGCCGCUUCCAGCAACUCCAGUCUGUCCGGCUCCUCUGUAUCCUCAGAUGCAGAGGAAUACCAGCCUACAGUCUGGAAAUCUUACUUGUAUCAGUUACAACAGGAGGCUCCACGACCCAGGAGAAUCACAUCUUCUCUUGAGGUGGUGAACAGACCAAAACAUUAUGGAAGGGAGUUUCAUGGCAUGAUUUCCCGGGAGCAAGCAGAUACAUUGCUGUAUGGAAUGGAAGGAGCGUACCUCAUUAGGGAAAGUCAAAGGCAGCCCGGCUGCUACACGCUGGCACUUAGGUUCGGUCUUCAAACCUUAAACUACAGGCUUUUCUAUGAUGGAAAGCACUUUGUGGGAGAGAAAAGGUUUGAAUCCAUUCAUGAUUUGGUAACAGAUGGCCUCAUUACUUUGUAUAUAGAGACAAAAGCUGCAGAGUAUAUUGCAAAAAUGACAACAAACCCUAUAUAUGAACAAACUGGAUAUACGUCCAAACUGAAAGAGAAAGUUACCAGGAGGUUGAGCAGAACCAAGAUUGAAUCAAAGCGGAAAACUGUGUCCAAUGAAAGCAAGUCUGUGGACAAGAUCACUUCCCUGGUCAGAAGAGCAGCAAUAGCCAAAAAUGACAACCAUUGCAACUACGAUAAAGCACACAACUUCAAGGUUCACACAUUCCGGGGGCCACACUGGUGUGAGUACUGCGCCAAUUUCAUGUGGGGUCUCAUUGCUCAGGGAGUCCGAUGUUCAGACUGUGGGCUGAGUGUACAUAAGCAAUGUUCCAAAUAUAUACCCAGCGACUGUCAGCCGGAUCUGAAGCGCAUAAAGAAAGUCUAUAGCUGCGACCUUACCACCCUAGUGAAGGCUCACAAUACUCCCAGGCCUAUGGUUGUGGACAUGUGCAUCCAAGAGAUUGAAGCAAGAGGUCUCCAAUCAGAAGGUCUGUACAGACUCUCCGGAUUUGCUGAGCACAUUGAAGAUGUAAAAAUGUCCUUUGAUCGAGAUGGCGAUAGAGCCGACAUCUCCAGUACUAUCUACCCCGACAUCAACAUCAUAACCGGAGCACUGAAGCUCUAUUUUAGGGACUUGCCAAUCCCAGUGAUUACGUAUGACACGUAUUCCAAAUUUAUGGAGGCAUCAAAAAUACCCAGCGCAGAUGAGAGACUAGAGGCCGUACAUGAUGCUCUUAUGCUUCUGCCUCCCGCACAUUAUGAGACUCUCAGGUUCCUGAUGAUCCACCUGAAGAAGGUCGCACUGAACGAGAAGGAAAACUUGAUGGGAGCAGAAAACCUGGGCAUCGUGUUUGGCCCAACGCUGAUGAGACCUCCUGAAGAAAAUCCACUCAACUCUCUAAACGACAUGAGGCACCAGAAGCAAAUUGUGCAGCUUUUAAUACUGAAUGAAGACGUCUUGUUCUGAGGAACUGAAGGCUUGUCGUCUGCUCGGCCCGGGCCAACAUGGCCAGUGACAUCGAGUUAACGGUUCACUUGCUGGACUUGGAUUUUCAGCUGCACUGUGGACAAAAUAGAUGCCAAAAUGUAAACGAUGACAUGUCUCAUAGACAUACUGUGUGUAUUUAUCUCUUUGAAAUGAGGAAAAAGAUUUCUUGAGCGGAGGUCGGAACGAGUCUUUUGUUUGCCUUUACUUGGCAUUUAAUUAUUUUUUUAAUGUCUUAUCAUUAAAGAAACUAUAUUUUUUUCAACCCCAAAAUGAAAGUGAGGUUUGGUAAUGCUUUCUGUAUCUGCACUCUGUAUUUACCUGUACAAAACAUGUCAGAUGUGUAGAGAUUCCAGCACAGUGACUGCUUGUGAUUGGUUGUCACACUGGCCUCUUAUUCAGUCUAUCCUAUAUAAUAAGAGCAAUAGUUUCUCAGGCCAUGAACAAUAAUUGCACAUUUUAAUUUAUUAAUAACAUUGUGGAAGAUUUUAGGAAAACUCUGAUUUUCUUAUCAGCUGAUCCCAAUCCGCUCGGCUCAUUGGCUAAUUCUAAAUGCUAUUCACAAAGGCAAUUGUGCCAAAGUGCAACGGCUUCAGCUGAAUAAGGCUAUGGGCACACGGGCUGUUGUCAGCGUCUGUUGAGAGAAGAUCUGCUCAGUGACCCUGCUCCAUUGAUUUGAAUCUGAUCAGCCUGUGUGUGGUCACAUAUAGCGGAGCUGAAGCUGAAGUCAGUGAUUUAUAAACACUGGGCAAAUUUGUACCUGGGCAGUAACCCAUGGCAACCAAUCAGAUGAUGUCUUUCAGCGUUUAACCUGCAGCUGACUGAAAGAAGCUGAUCACUGAUUGGUUGCUUUGGGUUACUGCCCAGGUGCAAAUGUGUCUGAUCAAAUCUGAUUCAAAACAAUGGAGCAGAAAAUACACAGGCUGACAGCAGCUGCUGACUAGUGGUGGGCAAAUUUUUUUGCCUGCCAUGGAUUUGUGGCAAAUUUCCACAUUUCCAUUUUUUCAAUUUUCCAUCUGUGAAUUUUUUCGUAAAUAUGUGGCACAAAUUUGCUACAGAACAAAUUGCCGUGACAAAAAAGUCACUGAGAAAAAAUGCCCAUAAGAAAAGGCGCCCAAAAAACGUUGACUGUAUUGUGUUUUGCACGUAAACAAAUGUUGAUGCCCAUUUCAAAAUCCUAUAGAAAUGAAUGGAGAGUGGCGGAAUUUCACUCUAGAGGACUGUGACGAUCUCUAACUUCACUUUAUAGACUAAGGUGCAGAAGUCCAGUGUGGAAGAUAUUGUUACAACACUCUCAGCACAGUGCAUAGGGCUACACAGGCAUCAUCAACCUUUGUACAGGUAUGAGACCUGUUAUCCAGAAUGCUCAGGACCAGGGCUUUUCGGAUAACGGAUCUUUCCGUAAUUUGGAUCUUCAUACCUUGAGUCUACUAGAAAAUUGUAUAAACAUUAAAUAAACCCAAUAGGCUGGUUUUGCUUCCAAUAAGGAUUAAUUCUAUCUUAGUUGGGAUCAAGUAAAAGGUACCUUUUUAUCAUUACGGGGAAAACGGAAAUCAGUUUUAUAAAUCUACAUUAAUUGGAUAAAUUGGAGUCUAUAGGAGACGGUUUUCCAUAAUUCUGAACUUUCUGGAUAAUGGGUUUCCAGAUAACCGAUCCCAUACCUGUACCUCCAAAAUGCCACCACAACCUACACCCAAUUUACCAAAGCAGAUGCAAAUUAUCAGGCACCUACUGCUAAACAGGAUUAUAGGAUGAAACAUUGCAUUGUGGGUUACAAAAAUGGCAGUUUACAUGUUUUUUUUCCAAUUUGUACUAGAAUUUGUAAUUGAGCCCUACAAGGCAGGGAGUAUUUUUAUACAGCGUUAAAGCUACAGUAUAUAAGAUUAUAUGUCUAAAAUAAUUCCCCUAAAAAAAAACAUUUGGUUUAUACUGUAUGUACAGAAAUAGGUAUUGUUUGGUUAACCCUUUCAGAACCACGAUGCUUGCUAAUUUGCUCAUCUCUUUUAUCUUGGGACAAUCCCUUUAUAAAAAGUGUUUCCCCCAGUUUCUUCUCAGAGAGCUGAUUUAUUAGCUCAUUGAACCACAUGAAUACAUUUUUGCUUUGUGUUUAUUUAACCUUUUCAGUAUUGUUAACAUGAUCUUACAGAGUCUUAUACAAUGCAUUGUUUCCCCCUAAAAUAACAGGAUUUAUUUGUAAGAAAUGUAUCUUUUGUUCCUUACCAGUAUAACUACGUACAAAGCUUUCCUCAUCAUGGUUUUUUCCUGAGUUGUCCUACACAAAAGUGGUGGUGAUAUUCAAUGCCCUAGAUCCAGAAACAAGGGUUAGUAGCAACACACAAGUAGCAGAAAUAGCAACUAGACCAACAAGUGGCACAAGCAGACUUUACAGAACAGUGCAGGAUUCACUGAUACACUUAAUAAAUGAUUGUGACUUUAUUGUACUAUAGAACACAAGGAGGGUCCAAUGUGACCAUGAAUACCGUUACAUUAGCACUUUUUUUCAUAUAAUUCAUUUCCAGGAUGCGUCGAUACUGUAUUUGGAGAGUGCAUUUCAUACGAUGUUGUGUUAUUUGUUCACAUUUUAUUUCUUGCUGACUAAACAAAUUGUUAAAUGAGUGGGGUUUUGUGCAUUGUUUUUAUGAUCCCGUCCGUUGUGGAAAAUAAAGCCCUGCUGGAGAAAGACAUGAGUUUAUAUUUAUUAAUAAAACCGCUAAUAUGACUGGACAGCGUUCCCUUAUUGUGUGUAUGGGACUGGCAUUCAGCUGAUUGUGAGGACAGUGUGUUACUACAGGUUGUGUUGAUACUGUGUGGCACCUGGGACCUGUGAUUAGUGGGCCACCAAACAGUAAACGCCUUCAUUAUGAAUGCACAAUUUUAAAUAAAAAUAAGAUGUAAAGCUUA